UUUCCCCAAAAUAGUCAGAUUGGGCUUUCCCCACUUUCAAAUCUUCCCCCAAUCUUGUCAAAUUUGUUGAAUUAGGGUUCAGCCCAGCUGUCAAAUUUCGGAUUUUCACUCAAUUGGGGGUGGUGACAAGAGUAAUUCGAGUGGCCAAUGCGAUUUAUUUCGUCGGAAUUCUUGGGUUUUUCGGUGGUUUCUUCUGUUAAUACCGAAAAGGCUCGAGCUUUAAUCAAUGUCGUGGGCUGGCCCUGAAGAUGUCUAUCUCUCGACUUCCCUAGCUAGCUAUCUUGACAAGAAACUUCUUGUAUUACUUCGAGAUGGCCGGAAGCUAUUAGGGAUCCUUCGCUCCUUUGACCAGUUUGCUAAUGUUGUCCUAGAGGGCGCGUGUGAGCGUGUUAUUGUAGGCGAAAUUUAUUGCGAUAUACCCCUGGGUCUGUACAUAAUCCGUGGAGAAAAUGUCGUCUUGAUUGGUGAGCUGGAAUUGAACAAGGAUGAGCUUCCAUCUCACAUGACCCGCGUUUCAUCAGCUGAGAUAAAGAGGGCGCAGAAGGCAGAAAGGGAGGCUUCGGAGCUCAAGGGUAUGAUGAUAAAGAGGAUGGACUUUCUUGAUAUGGAUUGAUUUUUUCGGCAAUCCAGUUCAUUCGUUGUGCUCCAAUGCCGGGCUCUGCAAAUAUUGUCGCGGAUGCUGGCCUUUUGGAAGUAUAACCGGGAUGGAGAGUCGUGCCUCUGCUCUCG